AUGGGUUCUGGAAAAGUCGGUCUAGAUAACCUACCCAAAGAGAUAUGCUACCAAAUUAUGGAGGAGCUACUGACUCUCCGCAAUACUGGUGGCAUGAUAACCAAACUACCCAGAACAAAAUGUCCACUCAAGCAUAGGUUCAAGCCAGCGAUCCAGACACAAGUGCUUCGCGUCAACAGAAAUUUGUAUACCAUCGGCCGAGAUGUACUUGACCAUUCAAAUAAAUGGGUAAUCAUAGACAUGGACUGCGCAUACCUCUUGAUCCAAUGGGCCUCUGCAUUCCUCAAGAUGAUCAUUGUAGACAUAGAUUCAGCCCAACACCUGCCACCUGGCAUGAUGCACAUCCGCAUAAAACUCUUCGUAAAAACCUCGAUAUGCGCCCGGUCCUACAGACGCUUUUGGCCCAUGAGCAUGCACGAGCGCCAAAUCAUGCUCAUCCCAGCCAGUCAACUCAGCAGCCUCGUCUCAGCUCUGAGAAUAGUCGAGCUUGCACACGUACUGCGAAGACUGCCAGGUGAGCUGUAUCGAAAUCGGAUAACCGACAAGGAGUACAGAGUACACACGGAACAACACGGCCUGAGCAUCUGCAUCAACGUCAACCCAGACUAUCCCACAUCCCUCAUCCGCACCUCUCUAGACCACUUCCGCACGCUCCACGGACCCCUGAACGAAAUCUCAAUCAUCGGUGCCCCAGACACCCAGCAAGCCCAGGACAUAGAAGCUUCAAUCCCAGCUCCACGCAACGUCGCUACCGACUCCACAUUCUCCGAGGUGCUUCUACACAUCGUCGACAUCAUAGCUCUCGCCUCCCUCAAGCCCCAGCAAAGGUGUGCUACCUGCAUACCCAUGCUCUACGAGCAAGCCCGCGCAAUGACCCUCAACACAUGCCACAACGACACAACUCCCUGGAGCGGCUGGCUCACCCCCGCCACAGUCUCCACCUCGCCCUUCGAGCUGCUCAUCUUGUGCGCGAGCGCUACAAACCUCAUGGUGCACCAGCUGCGCACGCGGAGCAGCCUUGUCUUUUCAGACCCGGAUCUGGCGGUCGCCCGGCACAUGGCGUGGGACAGUGUGGCGCUGCUGGAGCAGACGGGGGUGCGGUCGCAGCUACGAGCGUUUGUUUACCUGUUCAAUGGGUUGCAUUGCAUUUUUUCGUGCAAGGCGAGGGGCCAGCGGAUGCCGGAUGCGAGGGUGCUUCGGUAUGGGCUGGAGCUGCUGGUGGAGAGUCGGCAGCAUGUACGGCGUUUGCCUCGCGGUAAGAUGUUCUUAUUCAGCGCGGCGUAUGAGAUGUGUGACACGGUUUUGGGGUUGGACUAUGGGGAUCGGUUCGAUGCCACUGUUGCGGCUGUCAUUGAGGACUUUGCUAGAUGGUAUGGCAGAUGGCUUGGGCCGGUGAAGUGGCGCGUGCAUGAGAGCUUUGUUCCUCGGGUGCUGCGGACAAAGGGGUUGUUGGGCAAGAUGAGGAAUGUGUCGCUUCUGACGCAGGAGGAAUUGGAUCGGUAUCUCAUCAUUGAUACUUUGAAGGUGGAUGCAGGAGCGCAGGGGGACUUCUAUCUUCUUUGA